CACCAACUCAUUUCACCAUGGCCGGACGGAGCGGCCUUAAAGCAGUCCUUCUCACUCUUUUGACCUGUGCUAUCUUUGGUACCGCAUACGCAGCUCUCGCCUCGGAAAACCACACCCUGGUCGUCCAUGACACCGAGCUGGGCAAGUGCGAUGCCGUCCAGCAACUCAGCGCUCUCAAGGUCGCGGUGGAAGAACAGGAGUCUCCUAUCAUGCGCCAAAUCUUCGCGUGGCUCUUCCCGUUCGGUCCGGGCGCGAACGCAGUCCUUGGCACGUUCUACAUAAGCUCGGUGCCCAAUUUUAUUUUGGCGUUUAUUCCCGCGGAAAUAAAUGGAAACACGCUCAACACGAUGACGGCGUUCGCGACUGGCGGUCUUCUCUCAGAUGUGUUCCUGCACCUCGUGCCACACGCAUUCAUGGGCGAGCAUCAGGAGCCUGGUGCUCAUUUCGUCAUGGUGGAGGAAAAGAGGAACAUCUUGAUCGGGCUGGGCAUCUUCGUUGGGUUUGCGUCCUUUUUCGUGAUGGAGAAGACCCUGCGAGUGCUGGGCGGCGAUGAGGAGUCUGGGCACUCACAUGGGCACUCGCACUCGCACAACCACUCCGACUCUACGCCUGUCGCAGAUAGUUCUGCUGUGUCUAAGCCGUCAGCUGAUGGUCUGAGGGCGCGGGGCGCUUCUGAUAAGAAGGAAGACGACAAAACAGAUACUCAGGGCGACGCACACCCUACCAACGCCCCGUCAAAGUUGUCCGCUUACCUAAAUCUCUUUGGUGAUUUCGUGCACAAUAUCACAGACGGCUUAGCGAUGGCCGCUUCUUUCUAUUCGUCGCCACUGAUCGGGGCAACAACCACGCUCGCCUGUUUCGCGCACGAGAUUCCCCACGAGAUUGCAGACUACUCUAUUCUUGUGCGAAGCGGAUUCACCAAGAAACAGGCGAUGCAGUCUCAGUUCAUCACUGCCAUUGGCGCUUUUGUACGGACCUUCAUGGGCAUUGCCAUCCACAACCUCUCCGCUUCCGAGGCGGGAGCGGAAGCACUGGACCUCGCCGCGGGCAUACGGCAGGACGCCUCCGGCUUGCUGGGGACAACUGUCCACUUAUCCGAUUUGGUAAUCCCGUUCGUUGCCGGCGGAUUCAUGUACAUCGGCGCCGUUGCCGUGUUGCCGACGCUACUGAACGAGAGCAAAAGCGGGAAGCAGGCACUUCGCGAGUUUGGAGCGAUGGCCUUUGGCGUGCUCUGCAUGUUUUUAGUCGCGUGGAACGAGUAGACCACGUUCAUGGGUUUUGGACCGCGGAGUGUUCUCAUGCUAUUAUGAUGUUUAGCUGUAGUGACUCGUCCAACGCUGAAUAUUGCAUUAUUUUAUUG